AUGGAGAGAAACCAUUUGUGUGUAAUGAAUGUGGCGAUUGUUUUCACAAAAAUUCACAGCUGGUGGAGCACCAUCGCCUCUACACACGGAAGAGAUCAUUUUCGUGCCCCGAAUGUGGGAAAUGCUUCCCAAGCCGCUGCCACCUCGACAGGCACCAGCGUGUUCAUACCGGGGAGAAACCAUUUUCUUGCUCGGAAUGCAACAGACGGUUCACUGACCGCUCGGGCUUGGUCAUACAUCAGAGGAUUCACACGGGGGAGAAGCCAUAUUCUUGCGAUGACUGUGGGAAACGGUUCAGAGACCGAUCAGGACUCGUGGUCCACCAAAGAACGCAUACUGGUGAGCAGCCAUACAAAUGCCUCCAGUGUGGGAAGUGUUUUCACAACCGGACGCGUCUUGAGCACCACAAGAGCGUCCAUGCCGAGGAGAAGGUCUUCAACUGUCCACAAUGUGACCAGGUCUUCCUGGACGUCGCAGCCUUUGCUUUGCAUCACCGGACUCAUUUUGCUCAGCUGUCACAAGUUGCGGGAGCGAAAAGCUACCCUCCACAUUUGUUUUCCAGUCAAAACCAGGAAACACCCCAGUUGUUUUUGUGUCCGGAGUGUGGGAAAAGCUUUGAAGAUCCAUCUGUUCUUUAUCUACACAUAA